AUGGAACUCCAGCAAAAGCGAUCAACGUCGACUGAGAAAGUCGUCACUCAAACAAACACACACAACUCUGCUGCGCCGUUCGUGGCCACCCAAAACUUUCUGGUUAUGGACUAUCGCGUCCUACUGCCGCAGCUUCCACCUGAGCUCAGAGACCUCGUCUACACCCAAACAGUGACUGAAGACAACCAAGCCACCUCUACCGGUCUUGACUUCACAAGGAAAGUCUACGACGCCAGCCACACUAGGGUCGACAUCACCCCAGUCCACUGCGGCAAUCCCGCCCUAUUGGCGCUUCAGCAAUACCACUUCCUAGAAGGCGACGAAUACCGACACUUCAUUCUCAACAAUGCAAUUCAGCUUCGCAUUCACGUUCUCUUCAAAGGCCAUACGAACACAUUCGUGCAAGAGCAUUGGGACAAAAAAUUGACAGCGCAUCUGAAGAACCUGGCUAAGCGAUAUCCGUGGCUGCGCAAGGUCACUGACUACGACGUGAGGAUCCUGUGGAAGCCAGCGUCGUGGGCGCCAAGCAAGAAGAAGAGGCGCAUUGGCGCAAUUGCGAAGAGGAUGGUGGAGGUCUUGACGCAGGAGAUGGAUAAGGAUUUGAGGAUGAGGCGCGGUGUUGUGAAGGCGGGCUUGCGUGUUGCGGAUUUCGUGGUUUGCGAUCAUGUAUUGAGGGGUCAGACGUUGGGAUUAGGGGAAUUUGUUUGGGACUUGGAGGAAGGAAGCGCGAGGAAACAGAUUCGUGAAGUUGGCAUUGCGCGGGAUUCAAGAGGAGUUUGCGAUGCGGUCGAAACAGACGGCUACAUGCCUUCGAAGUUCAAAGCGGUGCCCAAAACGACCACGACGGCAAAGCUGCACGGGUGGGAACAUCAAGAGGAAUACGUCAGGAGCUUUCGACGCGAUGUGCAGUGGGACCAGGAGGAGAUUUUUGGAGCGGGCGAGGCUACAGAAGCACCUACGCAACGAGCUGCUCUGGCAAUUGCUGAGGAAAUUUCCGCUUUUGGAGAAGCACGAUCGCGUAGGUGA